AUGGACAUCAACGCUGAGGUUUCCACUCAGUUAUCCCUAAUCGAUGUGCUGCUAAGCGACUUUGACAAGACAAUUACACCAUGCACUAACAAAAAGAAUGAGAAAAAAGAAGAAGAAACACAGGAUGCAAUGCCAGACUCCACGACCAACACGGAAAAGACAAACACCAAUCCUUUCCACUGUGGAGACGAUGUCCUCGUACUCAAUAAGGAUGGACGAUAUUAUUUAGGUACAAUAGUAGAGUUGAGCACUAGCAAUGACAAUGACUCGUGUGAAGUGGGCACGGGUGUGGCGAGGUGUCUGGUCAAGUUUGGGGACGGGACCCACGCGUGGGCGCCUGUGACGUCACUCAAGUUGCUUAGCGCUCCGCCCUCCGACGAUGGAAGGAUCAUGUGUGUUGUGUGCAAGAGGCGCGAGGGCCCCGCAGCAAGCCCAGCAGCUAACGCGAUUAUCGCAUGCGACAUGUGCGGCAGGGGAUAUCACGCUAAGUGUCACACGCCGCCGGUCGAAGCAUGGAUUAACGGUGCAUCAUGGCAUUGUAAGAGGUGUGUGGACCAAAGGUAUCGUGUGGCCGCGGCGGAGAACAGAGCCUCCAAGAGAUCAGACCUGUUCAGGUACAAAGGAGGCCAGCAGAGACGACAGCAACAAGAACUAACUCCGCCAUGUGAUACCGCAUCAACUACAUCAUCGACUGCAUCGGAAGCGGGAAAAGAUUCGAACGAAGUUCACUGCUACUGUGGCGAAAAGAGCGAUUGGCUUGCACAAAUGCUGUUAUGCUGUCGCUGUUCGCGAUGGUUCCACCAAAGAUGUGUCUCAAGUCUUCAAUAUCCGUUAUACGCUGGGGAUAAACUGUAUAUAUUCGCAUGUGCUAACUGCAACGGCGGCGCGGAGUAUUUGCGGAGGUUGGAGUUGUGUUGGCUGGACCUGGCACACCUCGCUCUCUACAACCUCACCGCGUAUAACGCACCCAACUACUUCGACCUGGACACGGUCAUCAUGCCUUACAUCAUGGACAACUGGCACGCGCUACAACUACCGGAGAAGAUGUGGCGGACACCAGUGAACGAGCGACGUGAACGUAUACUGACAGCGCUGACGUCAUCACGCAAGCGGUUCAAGUGCGGCAGAGAGAUGAAGAAGCGAGCGACCAUCUGGGGUCUGAGGCUAAGAAGGCCGCCACCACCGCCACUACAACUAGCUGCUCUCGAACAGGUUAAAAAGGGAGAACCGCUGACUGACGAAAUUGUACGAGAAUACGGUCCUAAGUUAAGAUUUUUAUCGAGAGCGCCCUCGCCACCCAUCGAUGAUAGUUCACAGCCUUCAAGUAGUAACAACGAAAAAAGUUCCUAUAAAAACCAUAGCCAGCGCAUGAUAGUGCCAGUCGAUGGUCACUGGUUGAAUCUGAUGAUGGGGAAAAGGUUUCAUGAAAAUCUUAAUUCUAAUUCAGAAAACGAUUCAGCCAGUUCAUAUGAAUCCGUUAAAAUAUCGGAACGCGACGAACAACCCUCCCCCUCCGUGUGUACCUCCACUCCUAGGAAAUCCGAUGCCAAAGAUGAUACAUUAGAAAAAAUUACAGAAAUAAAUGAAUCUGAGUCAAAUGAAGCAAAAUCAACCUGCGAAAAUUCCACAGUGCCAUCACUAAACACACCUAUACUCUGUUCUAAGUUAGAUAAGGUACCCAAAGACAAUACUGAUGACAUUAACUCGAGUAAUAACGACUGUAAUAUUAAUAUCAACACUCAUACCUCAAGGAUAGCAACUAUGAAUUUAGAAGUUUCCAAGUUAUCCACCAAAAACAUUAUUGAACAUUCCAAGAUAAUGUCUCUCCAGCACAUGGACAGUGCACCCGCAUACCCAAGCAGUUUCAUACAUGAAUUUGAAUCUUCAGGGGACGAAACGUCGAGUAGAGGAACGUUAGAUGCAAUCAUACCGCCGUUAAAAGAUUUUCAAGGGAAGAAUAACCCAUUUUUAAUGCAAAAUACAUAUCCUUCAAAAACUCCCUUUUCAUCGAAUAUGAAUAUUCAUAAUAGACAAAAUGGUCGAAAUCAUUCGCGGUUCUCUCUACCAAAUCAAUUAAAUCCUCUAAUGGGGCCUUUAAUACGACCAUUGAAAAGAAAGCUCAGUGAAAAAGAUAUUGUUAUAGGCCCGAACGGUGAAGUCAAGAGAAGGAAAUAUAGAAGACCGCGAAAGCAUUUACAAAUCCAGCUAAACAAAUCAUGUCCACUGCCCGAAGACAGUUCAAAAGCUGUCCAAACCACUAUGGAGACGGACGUCACUCCCCCCGCCACGGCGCACUUAAACAAUGCGAAGUUCCACGGUAGAAGACUGAGACAGCGGCAGGAGAAGAACUACUAUGAGAACGGCAGACGGAACACGAACAGCGUGAACAACUUGAACAGCGUGAAGAGCCUCCAGCUCAGCCCGCACAAGGCCCUAGUGCCUGCGGGGGAGGUGGAGGCGCGCCAGCUGUCUGCGUUAAAGUCCACCGUCCAGUCUUACUUCCGCGCGGGGCAGACGUUCAGAGUGUUGGCGCGCCGCCUAGCGCCCGGCCUGCAGCCUGCCUACCUCAUUGAGUGGGACUCCGCCCCCUAG